GCUGUUCUCCUGCAGCUCCGUGAAGAGCCCAAGCCUGGGGACCUGAUUGAGAUUUUCCGAACUGGCUACCAGCACUGGGCCCUCUAUGUGGGCGAUGGUUAUGUGAUCCACCUGGCUGCCCCAGAUGGGUUCUCUGGGGCUGGCUCCUCCAGCGUCCUCUCCGUCCUGGGCAGCAAAGGGAUAGUGAAAAAGCAGCGCCUGAAGGAUGUGGUCGGGGGCUGCCGCUAUCGGGUCAACAACCACUUGGACCAGCAGUACUCACCGCUGCCCGUGAACAAGAUCAUCAGGUCUGCGGAGGAGAUGGUUGGUAAGGCGUUGGAAUACGAUGUUCUGAAAAAGAACUGUGAGCACUUUGUCACGGACCUGAGAUACGGCAAUCCCCGCAGCAAGCAGGCAGAAAACUUCCAGACCAAAGCAGUUGUGGGUGGAGCAACUCUUAUGGGCGGAGCCUUGGCUUUCGCUGGCUAUACUUUCAUGAGCAAGCGAUUCCAGCGCCAGUGACAGCCUGAAGGGGCACAAAACCCCGCGUGAGAACCCGCUGUAGAGACGACCUCACAUCGUCCUGUCACCCUGACCCGAGCUCUCAAACAACCUGUCGUCCUGUCUCUCACUGGCCCUCCCCCUCCCUGGCUGAAGGAUGGCCUGACUGUGCCAAGACUCAAGAACUCACACCUGAGCCUCUGGACCCUCCCGGGAGCAAUCCCCCCGCCUCUGUGGCGCCUGAACCAGAACGGAAGCCCCGGGGCGCCUGUGGGGGAAGCCAGCGUUUUCCCUCCGUGUGACCUUCCUCUCCAGCUGGGGACCGGAUCCACUCUCAGAGGACAGCCAGGGGACCAGAGAAGGCGGUGGGUGGGGGAUCCCAGCCCCUGGCCGGCCUGGAAUAGGUGCUCAAUGUCUGUGGUCUGACCACUGCGAUCAGCAGACACCACUCAUUUCCUCUCAUGGUGCGAAACCAAACACACAGUUCCCUCCCCUGCAGGCCCACCUCUGGCCCUGAAUCCCCUGAUGAGGCUUCAACACAGCACCUUCCAGCAUCUCUCCCGUCCCUCCUGCCUCCUCCAGUCAGACCUCCUUUUAGAAGUUUUGUUUUUCUUUAACACUUUGUUCUUCAGAGAGGAAGGGAGGAGAGAUGGAAACAUCAGUGAUGACAGAGGAGCAUUGA